AUGUGUUAUGACUUUAUCACAGGUGGCCCACAUAGUGUUAUUGUCGCGGACUUCAUGCUAAAUCCGGUAAUGUUCUGCCAGCUUGGAUACGCUGUGCUUUUGGGUGAGUAUGCACGUAUGACUCUCGCCCGAUUUAAACGAAAACUAAACUAUUCUAUUGACAAUGUAAGUAAUUAGUGCAGGUGUGAUAAUCAUCCUUACUUGCAGCUGAGAGCUAAGCUGAAUUACGAAGGAUGCAGCUCAACCAGAUCGAGUCGAAGGUUUUCUAAGGGCGCCUCUGGUAGCCACCUUAUGACCCAUGUCUUGCUCACGGUGUACACCUACGGUGGAAGGGUCAGUUAGGGAGAUAAUCCCAACCCACCCUGUCAACAUUCCCUGUGGAGGACUCUUUUCGCAUAAGUUUCAUGAAUCCGCAGCGAGAAUCGCACCCACGAUCUGAGAGGCGAAACUAUAAUGAAGCUCUGAUAUGUUUUUCAAUGUGUUUUGCAGUGAAUUACAGAGGAUCUUUAGGAUUUGGUCAAAGUGCUGUGUUGUCUCUACCUGGUAAUAUCGGCACUCAGGACGUCAGGGAUGUACAGGUACAUGUAGCGGUGUAGUUAAUAUGUAUUUUCAGGGACGCCGGAAAGGGGGGCGCAGGGGGCAUCGCCCCCCUUGCCCUUUAGUAAGGGGAGCAGGGGGGGGGUAAAAGUGCCCUUAUAGAUAAAAAUUCUAACCCAAAAAAUAUAUGGUACAACGAUUAAAAAGUAUGAAUUACGGGUGAAAUGUACGUAAUAUUGAAAUAUAUGGAAUAUUGUGUCAAAAAUUAUAUUUUCAAAAUUUUUUGCCCGUGUUUUGGUGAACUAAGGUCCCGGAAAAAAAUUCGGAAACGCAAUAUUAAUUAGUGAUUGCCCUUACGUCAACAUUGCCCCCCUGUGCCCUACCCUCGCUCCGGCGUCCCUGUGUAUUUCAAGUCGUUCUACACGCGUAAAAACGCACAAGUUGUAACAAACCUGCAGCAGACUUGUAGCAAUGCUGUUCCAACAACUUGUCAACAGGAUGUGUUCGCACUGCUUGUUCCCAGCUUGUUGACAACUUGCCACAAGGUUGUUGAGCUCAACAGACUUGUUACAAGUUGUUCCAACAACUUGUUAUCGGCCUGCAAUUCGACAAUUUGUCAAGAAGUUGUGAGUGACAACCUUGUAGCAACUUGAUGAAAUAAAAGCAUGCUGCAAACUUGUUGCGAACACAUCUUGUUGACAAGUUGUGAGAUUUUUACGUGUAUACAUAACAUUGUUAAAUAGGCUCUCAAAUCUUUUUGUAGUAUGCUGCCGAGACUGUGUUGAAAUCUGAAAGCCUUGAUCAGGAUCGGGUGUUUAUUACCGGAGGUUCGCACGGGGGAUUUUUAUCCGCUCAGCUGAUUGGCCAAUAUCCUGUAGGUAUCAUUUCAAAACAGAAUAAAAGCAACCGAAUUGCGAACUCUUAUCGACUUUGAACCUGUUCACAUUCGGCUCAAAAAUGGUUAUUUUUCCCGCGCGUAAUGCAAAUAUAUCACAAAAUUUGCGAACUUCACAGGGCUAUAUUUUCUUCAUUUUACAACAUUUAGCAACCAAUCUUUGCAGUUUUACUCAUUCUAAGACGCUCUUUCUAGCCAUGGUGUUGGAUUUCAUUCUUCUUGCCUUGAUCAAAAUGUAGUCUAUACUGUAGCUGGAAUCACCCAUUGUGCUAGACCUUCUCGCUUCCCGCCCUUUGAAUCCCUCGACCUGCAAACCGUGUCAAAAUACCGCUCUAAAAUAGCAAGAUGGAAGCGAAAAGGCCGAGAAACUGGGCUAAGAUUAAUCUAUGUUUCAUAUUAUUCUGACACUGCAGUCGACCAACGAAACAUUUGUUGGCUCGAGCGGGAUUUGAACUCGCAUCUUCGGGUAUCUAUAGACCGCCGCUCUACCUAUUGAGCUAUCGAGUCAACGGGAAUUGGUAGCGAGUCUUAUCCAAUUUAAGUGCACGAAAUAUUUUCGUGACGACUUAACGCUUGUCUUAGAGGACGCGCAGUGUUUCAAUUCUAUUUCAGAACCAUCCUCAGAGAUACGAAAACCAGUUUCAUAUUAUUCUGACACUGCAAUCGACCAACGAAAAAUCCGUUGGCCGAGCGGGAUUAAUUGAACUCGCAUCUUCGGGUAUCUAGACCGCCGCUCUACCCAUUGAGCUAUCGAGUCAACAGGGAUUGGUAGCGAGUCUUAUCCAAUUUAAUAUGAAACUGGUUUUUCGUAUCUCUGAGGAUGGUUGUGAAAUAUAUAACAUCUAUGUGGUCGCUGCAUGGCUUAACUCAGCGGCAAGGGGUCCCAAUAACUAUAAUUAUUUCAUGUUGUGUUCACUUGUAGAAAUUUUACAAGGCUUGCGCUAUGAGAAAUCCAGUCAUCAACAUAUCAAGUA